AAUCAAAAUCAAAAUCCAUACUUUCUUUUUUUUAAUUAUUCUUUGAAGCAAAAAUAUAAGGAGAAAAUUAGGACAUGCACGAAAAUUCCAGAUCCUUCUACUAUCUUCCUGUGGGCUGUAAGUCUGUAACCGUACUUCAUAUAAACUCCCCAUUCUCCUCAACAUUCAUAUUUCAUACCAUUAAUUUCUUAUAAACAUCUUUGAAAUUCUCUUUCUCUCUCCUAAAACUAAAAAAAAUGGCUUCAGAAUCUGCAGAAGAGAUGCAAUCAAUCUUAGAAAGAUUAAUAAACUCCAGAAACAGAGAUCUUUCAAUGUUCAUCCCCUUUCUUCUAGGUUUCACCAGCACCGACCCGACCCAAAACCCGACCCAAGAAACCGAAUCCGGGUCAAGCCCAGAUGAUAACUCGAGAAACCAACAAAACCCAGAUGAAGAAAAUCAAGGAGAAAGAAUUGUUUUAAUCAACCCACUAACACAAGGUAUGGUUGUUAUAGAAGGAACAACAACAACAGUAGAAGGGUUUGAUUCUCUGUUUCGCGGAAAAGAAGGACAACCACCUGCAUCAAAAUCAGCGAUUGAGAGUUUGCCAGGUGUCGAGAUCAGAGAAGAAGAAGAUGAAGAUGAUUGUGUGAUUUGUUUGGAAGAGUGUAGAAUUGGUGAAAUUGUAAAGGAAAUGCCAUGUGAGCAUAGAUUUCAUGGUGGGUGUAUUGAGAAAUGGUUGGGAAUUCAUGGAACGUGCCCUGUUUGUAGGUUUAAGAUGCCGGUGGAUGAAGAGGGGAAGAAGAAAGAUGAGGAGAGAGAAAAUAAUAAUACAGGACAAAGACAGAUUUGGGUUAGUUUUGUGUUUGGGAGAGGUAGAAGAAGAACAAAUGGUGAUAAUUCUGAGAAUCUUGAUUCAAAUUUUAUUUGAAUUAUUAGGGAAUUUGUAGUAGUAGGGUAUGUUUUUUUUUUGGAUGUGAUUUGUGUAUAUUGAGGAAUUUGGUAGAAGUGAAAUAAAUUUGUUGGGUUAUUUUUCA